AUGGCUUCUCCUCCAGAACAACACGCGCACGUCGAAGACCAAGCUCAACUAUUUCUCGAUGCUGACCGUGACUCUGCCCUGGGAGAGGAACAGCACGAUGCGUUGUCGACAUCAUCGUUAAGGUCUAGUAUAUUCCAGUAUCGACAGGAGCAUGGACGGACUUAUAGCAGCUACGGUGAGAGAGGUAAGUAUUCCUGGAGUCACGGCCAGGCUGACGCUGACCAUGUCACCGACUACGUUCUGCCAAAUGAUGAGCAAGAGCUAGAUCGCCUUGGUCAGUAUAACAGGUUGCUCUUGUCGCCUGCGGAGUUGAAAAAGAAGGUGUCGUGCAGCGAGUUCUCGACGUUGGUACUGGGACGGGUAGCUGGGCAAUUGAAUUUGGCAAGCCCCCUUGCAUCGGCCAGGACCGAUACACUAGACAACUUCGCUAAUGCUCUCCAAGCGGAUGAACACCCUGAGGCUGUAGUGACGGGCAUCGACGUGAGUCCUGUGCAGCCGGUGUUUGUGCCGCCAAACGUCUGGUUUGAAGUAAGCGAUGUUGAGCAGCCAUGGACCUUCUCAUACAAAUUCGACCUUAUCUUCAGCCGCAUGAUGACUGGAGCCAUAUCAGACUGGAGGAAGUUCGUGCAACAAAGCUUUGAGUUAACUGCUCCCUUUUCUUCCCGAUGUCUCGAAGUCCAAGACAUAUCAUUUCAUCUUCGUUCGAAUGACGGAUCUCUACCCGAGGGCUCUGCUCUUGCUCAAUGGGCAGGCUACAUGUUACAGGCCAGCAUUGUGUUAGGAGCGCCUCUGGACAGUGUCGAAUCUGUCAGAGACAUUAUGAUCGACGUAGGAUUUGAGGAUGUCCAGCAGAAGGCAUAUGUCUGGCCGAUGAACUCAUGGCCCAAAGCUCCGCACCUCAAACGACUUGGAACCUGGACAUUCUACGACUUUACCUCCUCCUUGACUGGCAUCAGCGUGGCGCUCUUCACCCGGGGCCUCGGCUGGUCUGCCACCGAAUUGGAAGCCUUUCUUGUGGAUGUCAGGAAAGACAUGCAGAAAACUUCGAUCCAUGCCUUCUGGCCCAUGUACGUGCGCUGUCAUCACUUGAAUAUGAACUGUUAA